AGAGAGUGUGGGAAAAGCACAAAUUGUACAGAAAAGCAAGAGGUGAUUAAUGUCCCUUUAAUUUGGUGAAGAUAAGGAAUUAUCUGUCCUUGAUACUGAAGAAGAGACAAAGCAACACAGAUCUGACAAUGGAAUCCAUCAAUGAAGCUAUCAAUGAAUAUUCAAUUAACCUCCUUAAAGAGCUAAGCAGCUCAAACAGUGAAAAAAAUGUGUUCUGUUCACCUUUGAGCACAUCAGUUUGCAUUUCCUUAUUACUUCUGGGUGCCAAAGAAAACACUGCAUCUCAAAUGGAGAAGUUGCUUAAUUAUUCUGAACUUAAAAAUGCCAAAAGCAAAUUAACUGGGCUUAGGACUGCAACAGAUUAUAGCCAGCAUCAUGAACAAAGACCUCAGAAACAGCAGGCAUCUCUAUGUAACCAGGUUGCACCUGUGCAUUCUGAGCUUCAGUCUCUACUGUCCAAGCUCAUGUCACAGUCAAGUGGAACUCAACUGAAUAUUGCCAAUGGAGUAUACACUCAAAAAAUGUUUCCUUUUCUAUUUGAGUACUUAGUAUGUGCUAAACAGCUGUAUGAUGCAGAGCUGGAAUCUGUGGAUUUUAAAAAGGAUGAGACCCGGAAAAAGAUAAAUUCAUGGGUUGAAAAUCAAACUCAAGGCAAAAUCACGGAUCUAUUUCCUGAAAAUUCAAUUGAGCCCGAUACUUCCCUAAUCCUGGUGAAUGCAAUCUAUUUUAAAGGAAAAUGGAGUAAGCAAUUUAAGGAAGAAGAUACAAAUGAAGCUCCAUUCUAUGUAACAGAGAAAAAUUUCAAACCAGUUCAAAUGAUGACCCAAAAAGAAGAUUUUAAAAUUGGAAUUAUAGAAAAUUUGAAUGCCAAAGUAAUUGAGUUACCAUAUGGAAAGGGUGACAUGAGCCUGUUCAUCCUUUUACCAGAUGAAAUUUCUGGACUGAAAAAGGUAGAGCAACAGUUAAGUUCGAAGUCUUUGGCCAGUUGGACAAGUUCUGAAAAUAUGAUGAAGACAAAAGUUGAAUUACACCUUCCACGUUUUAAGCUUGAAGAGAGCUAUGAUCUUGGUACAAACUUGCAAAAUAUGGGAAUGGUGGAUGCUUUUAGUCGACAGAAAGCUAAUUUAUCUGGUAUAUCAGAAGUGGGUUUAUAUGUGUCAAAGGUGGUUCAUAAAGCUUUUCUUGAAAUAAAUGAAGAAGGAACAGAGGCAGCUGCAGCAACUGGAAUAACCAUAGUUCCAAAAAAGCUUACAAUUCCUGAAAUAUUUAAGGUUAAUCAUCCAUUCCUCUUUUUUAUUUUGCAUAAUGAAUCCAAAACCAUUAUCUUCAUGGGCAAGUAUAUUUCUCCAUAGAGCUGACAUAAAUGUUAAUCUAAUAUUGGGGCUGUUUUUUGUCUAUUUGCUAUAGACCAAAAAAAAAAAAAAAAGAGCACAGAAGCAUAUAUUUUAUAGAAUAGAAUUUUGUCUUUUUUCCUGACAUUUUUUUUUUAGUUUGCUUGAAUGUUACUACUCAAACUUAUUUAAAGCGAUGGUAAUCAGGUCCAGAAUCUAAUCAAUAUUUUAGAUGGACUUUGAUAACUUGUAAUGAAGAUGCAUUGUAAUUUACUUUUUAAUUAUGCUGUGCCAUUCUAAUACCCUGUGCUCCAGUCGCCCACUUCAAAACUCAUAUGUUUUGUGAGCUAACAUUUGAAAUUGUUCUCUAAUCAGCGCUCUAGCUACAAAAACAAAAAACGCCCUACGGCUAGAGUGCCGAUUGGGUAAUUAUUCAAAGUGUUAGCUCUAAAAAAAAUGACUUUUGAAGUGGGUGGCCAGAGCGCAGGGUAUUAGAAUAGCACAGCUAGAUUAAAAAAUAAGUUAUAUUGCAUCUUUAUUAGAAGUGAUAACUUAACCCCUUAAUGACCACAAUGUACCCUGUAUGUCACUGGUCGUUAAGGUUUUUUUUCAGGACAUAAUAGCACAAGUCUAGAAAGAACACGCUAUUAAUGCCCUCCCUCCAGCAGGCUUUGUGGAAUAGAGCAGUCUCAACGCUGGUGGCAAGACCGCGCUAUAAAACAAUUAAGUCCCAAAAAAAGGCCAAUGACAUACAGGGUACGUCGCUGGUCCUUAAGGGGUUAAAGUCCCUGUAAAAUUUUGCUUAAAUUCCGGACCUGAUUUUAAAACAUGUAAAGUUUACCACUUUACCACGUAUGCUUACGUACUUACUUAUAAAAUAUACAAAAUAAUAUGAAAUGGUUAAUAUUUAUACUGUGGGGAGUAUUCUAGAAUAAGUAAAAUGCCCUUGAUAUCCUGAUUUAGCAUUGAAGCAAAUCAUACAUCUAAAGCAGUUUUACUAUGUUUUUCACAUUAUAGCUUUUCUUUUUAAUGACACGAUGAGUCCUCGGAUCAUCUAAUUACUAUUGGGAAUAUUACUCCUCCCCUGCAGGAGGCGGCAAAGAGCACCACAGCAAAGCUGUUAAAUAUCACCUCCCUUCCCUCCCACCCUAGUCAUUCUCUUUGCCUACGCUAGAAUACGUACUCUAACCUC